AGUGGUCGUGUUCGCUGGUGCCUCUACACUUUCUCUUAUCUUUUUCCUAAAUGUUGUCAAGUCCGCGGCUCUCAUAGAAUCACGCUGGAGGGGUGCAGGGCCUAAUGCAAGCGAAGUCAAGGUCGUCCUGCAGCCGCCACGCCCACCUCAUCGAACAUCUCCCGUUCGGCCUCCAGCAGCUCCUCUCGCCAAUCUUCCUCAGUCUCCAUAAUGGCGUUUGCCGCAGCGCGAAUGAUACUCAAAGACAAAAGACGGAAACCCUCCAAAGAAGAUUUCCCACCUAGGAAUAGAAGCAAGACUCGCAGCGUCACCUCGAGUGCGAGCAAUCGCAGCCUCAGUCAGCAGGCGCGCAACAAGCCCGCCGAUGGCCACACUGCUGGACAGAAAGGAACCCCCAAAGCGGGCACCAAGGGCUCCGUGGGCACCCCGACCGGGCAAAAGCCUUCCCAGAAGCCGACGGCGCAAAAGGGCCAGGUCAAGGCACCUCCGAAGGCCCCGCCCAGCGCCAACAAACCCAACAAGAAGAACAAAAAGGGCCACAAGCACCAGCAACACGACCUUAUCGUCACCAUUGACCUGACCGAGUACGGACUCACUGAAGACCAGGUGGCCGAGUUCAAGGAGGCAUUCAUGCUUUUCGACAAAGACGAAGACGGCACCAUCACGAUGGCCGAGCUGGGCGUCGUGAUGCGCUCACUGGGACAAAGACCGUCAGAAACGGAGCUGAGAGACAUGGUUAACGAAGUGGACCAGGAUGGGAAUGGUACCAUCGAGUUUAACGAGUUCCUCCAAAUGAUGUCCAAGAAAAUGAGGGGCGCUGAUAAUGAAGAGGAACUGCGAGAGGCCUUCAGGGUGUUUGACAAAAACAACGACGGACUCAUUUCGUCGAUAGAAUUGCGUCACGUGAUGACAAACUUGGGCGAAAAGUUGAGCGAUGAAGAGGUCGAUGACAUGAUUAAGGAAGCAGAUCUCGACGGUGACGGCAUGGUCAACUACGAAGAGUUUGUCAUGAUUCUCACGGCCAAGAACUAAUCAAAAGGCUACAAGUGAGUGGCCCUUCCGCAUAAAAACACACCCCAAGCUGAAACAAAGCAACCUAAGCUGCGACGCGCAAGCCGUGCAACAAGUACGUUUGAUUUCAAAUGACAUAAGGACAGUUUUCUGGACUCUUUUUCUUUGUUGAAAGAGAGGUGGCGGAAAUUUUUUUAGUUGCAUAAGUGAGAUACAUUACGGAUUAUACAUUGUUGUCCUCCACGGCAAAACGCAAGAAAAUUGUGGAGUUGACACGUUUUUGCUGAAACUAAUGUAAUGAGGUUAUAAAGUGAUGGAGAACGUGAAACUUUUAUACCAGAUUAUUAUAUUAAAUUUAUCGCUAUAUUAUAAUAUGAAUUUAUAAUAGAGAACUGAACACAACGCGAUUCUCCCUCAACAAUUCAUUGAUACUCAUUAAUAUUAUCAAGAUAUUGCAAACCUUAAAAGAUAACGUACCAUAAGAAUCAGUUCUGAUUGCGGGCAAGUUAAAUUGUCUCGAAUGGUUUCAAGUGCAGCACGAUAAACGUUACUUGUUAUAUAUGCAAAAAUGUAAAAAGAAAUCAUUGAUAUUGCGAUAAUUGUAAUUUUUAUAUUUUGAAAGAGGUGUGGGUUUCAACUUUGUGCUGCGUUAGUAGUUUUUUUUAUGGCGUGAGGAGAUUUUUUUAAUUUUGUUAUUCAUUGCUGACUAUUACGAAAAAAGGCAUUACUUGUUUUAUACCAGAAGUAUUAUUUGCAGCCGUAGAGUAUUUGACAAUAAAAAUAUGAUUGUAAAUCUGUGUUUGAUAAGUGUGUAAAAACACCACGGCAUUGUUAGUAGAAAUUUGUCGUCGGCUGCACAACCUAAUAUUGUGUUUUUCUUCUUUCCAAAAUUAUUAUGCCAGUCAGAUUUUUCUUGAUAAAAAAAUCCUUUGAUCAUUGGUCUCUCAUCACAUAAUGGACAAAAUCAUAAAAAUGCGGGUUGUAUUAAUUUAUAAAUCAAGCUUAUUUCACCAGAAUGUACUAUGGUGUUGACUAUUGUCUACAGGAAUCGCAACUCAAAACAGGCGACCCGCUAGCCAAUCAUAAUAGUGAUGAAACCAAAUUGCUACUAAAGCAGACAUUCUUCCUUUUUCUUACGAGAACCUUUCGAAUUUACUCACGCAUUAAAAGACAAUUUUAUUUCUUUACAGCUGUAGAGAGCAAUUUUAGACGCUGAUUUUUAUUCAAAAGACAUUGCAUUUCCAAAUUUAAAAAUCGGGCAGACCUAUUUUUGUAUAGAUAAUGCUGAUAUAUGAGGAGCGCAAACAAAAGUGCCAGCGAUGAAAUGUGCUGGCUGGUUGCUGUGCCAUAGAUAAUAUAUAUGACAGAAAAUGAAAAACGCAUACUACAUUGCAUGUAUACUUAUGAUUACACACAUUAAUGGCAAAUCUUUGUAAAACGCGCACCCCUCCCAAAAAGAACCCGGCGUUGUCUGUUAAGUAUGAAAAGAAAGCGAAAUAUAGCAAUUAAAUUAUUAAAUGUCCCAAGUGUACCACACCAGUCCAUUCUGCCACACACCAAAAGCGCAGAGAUUUUCUUCUGGUUGAUUCAAAAGAGAUCUCUUGCCGUUAAUGUAAACCGAGAUAUGGAUACACAAAAGUGUCUAUCCUCCUAUAUAGUUGUCCUGUGUUUUAACAGAAGAAUUACAGUAUUUGAUGUAAAAACACGGAAAUCGCGUGAAAAGUCAGAAAUAUUUUUUCAAGCAAAGUGCGAGAGAUUGGAAUAAAUAUGCGCGCGGAGAUUUUAAAUUGCAAUUGAAAAUUGAAGAGAAGAAAUAAUAAUUUUUAAUGAAAGAGAGCGUUAUAGAAAUGUAUGUUGCAUACACAGCUUUAUUUGUUGAAAUGUAAAUGUGUUAAUGGUUUCCAAACUCCACCUACACCUCCUCAAAUUCCAUAGAUAAAAAAAAAACGAGUGUCUAUUAAUAAACGCUAAAAGUGGAUAAAAAUUGCAGCUUCUCGUAGUUACAUGUGUCGCCCUGAUUAUAAAAAAGAUUAAAAUAUUAAACAUAUAAUUAUAAUAAUUUCCUUCAGCUUUUCGCAUUAAUAAAUAACAGGGUAAAACGAAAAUCAAUAUACAAAAUAAGUAAUCAAUUCAUUUUUCACUUAUAAGUUUUCAAGUUUCCAUCUUUUUAACUUUAAAAAAUAAUACUCUUUUGAAAUAAUAAGAGGGUGUCUAAUCUAAUAUAAAAUAUUAAAAAUUACGACUAAAUCAUUACAAGAAAUAACAAACAUAUAUUAUACUACGUCUCAUAAAAAUUAACAUGAAAUUGAUCUCGGUAGUUUAAACAGAGGCGAAUAACAUUAAGGAAGACCGCAUAAGUCAUUUUUUCAUUUCCAUCAAGUUUAUUAAAGAUACAUUUUGAGAUAUAGAAAUAAAGAGAAGGGUGUGGAGUUUAACACAUUUAUGCAAACUGUUAAAACUAACCUACGACUUGUAUAAGGAAGAAAACGCGAGUUACAAAGAAAAUUCUCGACAAAAACAGAAUUUUGUACCUUAACACAAUGGAAAUAUAGAACAAUCAAAUUCUAAAGACUACAAGAUGGAAUACCUUUUGCGUAAUAAUUAAGAUUUUGAGAGCGCGCAUCCUACAAAAUUCACAGAGAUUAUCAACCUCUUCUUAACAACCAUUUAACAGAAUUCGAAAAUAAUACACCAACCAUUUAUAUAUAUUUUGUGCCUUUUCUGUUGCACUCAUUUCAUAAUACUGUGUAUAUUUAUUGUAAAUUUGUAUUGAAAAACGCACGAGUUGUGAGAUUUUCCGAUUUUGAUUUAUUGUGAAUCGCAAUAAAAAUAAUUAAUGCCCUACAGUACAGUGAUAUCC